AUGGAUGGAGUGUGGGAUCCGAUCCGGCUUUUGGUGCAGCGGCCUCCGGAUGACAACCUCGUCCAGACACUGAGCAAGAUUGCCUGGCUCCUACUAUGCAAAAGAUACCACCAAAGCCAGGAGGACGAACACGUGAAGCCGCUAGUUGAGCACUGGUGCGACAGUGCUCGCGACUCAGGCGUCGAGCUUCAAUAUCCGGUCGCUUUUGGGACCGUAAAUGCCGACAACACUCGUAUGCCAGUAAUCCUCCGUUCACUGGAGCCGAAGGAUGAUAGCGGCAGGAUAAUAUGCAAUAUCUGCUGGCAGGAGUCUGCAGACGAGAUCGCUAAUUUAAAAUACGAGCACUGUGAGAAUAGCGUGCACUUAGGAUGUAUGGGAGACUGGCUCGAAAAACGCUUAACUCAGAUCAACUUUAACUACCCAAUAUGCCGCGGGGUUUGCCGGUUUAAUGCUUUUUAUUCCGUCGCUGUGACGACAAAGGAACCAGAGGAUGGAAUUAACGGUGUUAAUGACUCUGUCACUAGCCCAGGGGAGAUCACUUCAGCGGAAGGGGCUCGGGCGCAAGGUCUCUGCCGGUCCGGUAGAUCCAGGAGACGGCCUGACUACUAUGGAUAGACUAAUAGCCUCAAUUGCCGCGGGGAAGGAUGAAAUCUAAGCCAUCUGAUGAUAAGGCUACA